AAGGGGGGAACUUCACAACAUCCAAUUUAGAGUGCAACUUGUAGAGGUUUACCAGGCUGUUGACUCCGGGCUCUCUAAUUGGGAAGCACCUUUGGAACCUACUGCACGCAGAAGUUGAGGCGUCGGCUUCCUCGUGCACGUCUUAUUCCGGACUUGAGGAACAGCUUCUUGGAUUUUUGUUCUCCUUUUUGUCUGAACAACAUUACAUUUUCAAAAUGCCUCGGUCCUUCCUCGUAAAGAAGUAUUUCUCCCACAAAAAGCCCAAUUACAGUGAAUUGGAAUAUCAGUCUGUUGUUUUCCCUCGCCACCCUCUGGCUGAACUCCCAACAGGGGCCAACAGUUCUGCCCUGACCUGCUACCCCGUGGGCCUGCUGUGCGGCGUGGACAACUUCCCUGGGGGCCUCGCCCCCGUGUCCCCCAGCACCCCCUCCUCCUCGCCCCUGGGGCCACUCGACCUCAGCAGCUCCCCCUUCAGCAGCAGCGGGGAGGAGGACGAAGACGGCGGCCGCACCUCGGACCCGCCCAGCCCUGUGGCCCUCCAGCGCGCGCACCACUGCACCCGCUGCAGCAAGAGCUACGUCAGCGCCCCCGCCCUGUCCCACCACCUCCAGUCCCACCACCUCCAGUCCCACCACCGCAGCGCCGGGGAGCCCGAGGUGCACGGCCUGCCCUCCAGCCAGCCCUCCGCCUCCGCCACCACCACCACCACCAUCCCUUCCUCCGCUCCCAGAGCAUCCUUCCACUGCAAACACUGUCCCAAGGAGUACACCAGCCUGGGAGCCCUGAAGAUGCACAUCCGCUCCCACACGCUGCCCUGCGUGUGUCCCACCUGUGGCAAGGCCUUCUCCAGGCCCUGGCUGCUCCGGGGCCACAUCCGGACUCACACAGGCGAGCGACCCUUCUCCUGUCAGCACUGCAGCCGGGCCUUCGCCGACCGCUCCAACCUGCGCGCCCACCUGCAGACGCACUCGGAGGUGAAGAAGUACAUGUGUGCCACCUGCUCACGGACCUUCAGCCGCAUGUCGCUGCUGCACAAGCACACCGCGUCGGGGUGCUGCCCGGCCCGGUAGUAGGACCAGCCCCUGCCCAGCCCUCCUUCCCCCUCCAUUCCAUGCACAACCCAACCCCUGUCGUCCGUCCCCCACCCCCCCUCCUGGGUCGCCGGCCCUCUGGCUAGGGCUGAUGGCCCCCUGUUUCUGGGCGAGCUCAGAACAGAAUGUGACUCAGAGGACACUUGGUGGGGUGUUGGUCAGUGCUCAACCAGGAGCCAGGAAUGAACUGAAAGCUGUGUGUGUGUGUGUGUGUGUGUGUGUGUGUGUGUGUGUGUGUGUGUGUGUGUGUGUGUGUGUGUGUGUGUGUGUGUGUGUGUGUGUGUGUGUGUGUGUGUGUGUGUGUGUGUGUGUGUGUGUGUGUGUGUGUGUGGCAGCUGGACAUCCAGUUAAUUCCCAGGAAACCCCAUUGGUGCCUGCCGGUCCGGGACUGUGGCCCUCUUGCAGCUGUGUUCAUGUCUGUGUGCAUACAGGGGAUGUCAUUCCUCUCCAUACUCUACAUACAUGGCAUGCAUGUAUAUGAGCAGCUGUACGUGUGUGUGUGUUAAGACAGCUGUCUGUGUAUUGUGCGCAGUGGAGGCGGGGUGCAGAGAGAUGUGUUAGUUGUGGCCUGACGACAGGAGACCCUCCUCUCCGUGCGCCCCGGUCUUCCUCGCCUCACAUUUUCCCUCUUCAAUUUAACACCGAGCCGAAGAUGGACACAAUCGACCAAAGAAAACUGCCACGAUGUACAUCCCAACCUAACUGGAAGAUUCGGUGCUUAUACUGUAUAUGAUUGGUUCUGAACCAGAUUUUUAAAUGCCAUUUUUUUUUAUAAACGGGGAGAUAUAAUUCCUGUCACUAGUGCCUUGUGUUUAAGCCAUGUGUAAAUAAAGUGUUUUUUUUAAAACCCUACUUCUCUCUCUAUGUCCAUUA